AUGGCCGUCCCUGCCGAGAUUACCAUCCCGACCCUGAAGGGCUCCUGGACUCUGGACAGUUCAGUCACGGAGGGAAUGGAUGAUGUUCUGAAGCUGCAAGGCGUUGGAUGGUUGACGCGCAAGGCAAUCAACACCGCAACUGUUACUCUGAAGUUCACCUCCACUCCUGAAACGUCAGCUGCUGGGACCCCGACCACUCGUCUGACCAUGAACCAAGCCCUCACGGGAGGCAUUGGAGCCUCGACCGAGGAGCGUAUCAUGGACUGGACCGAGCGGGAGCGUAGCAACCAUAUCUACGGAGAUACCCUGACCAAGAGUCAGUUCAUCAAAGGGAUCAAGAAGGACGACGGUUCGAUCGUGCCGGAGUUGUCGCUGCAAUCGAAGCCGGCGUCCAAGGAGCAGGAGGAAGCGAUUGUGAAGUUUCUCACUGGAGGAAAGCCACACUUGACGGGUGAGACUGAAGACGAGCUCAAAGAUCUCUACAUUCAUGACUUUGGACGGAAUGAGAAGGCUGGAUGGACCGCGGAGCAGGUUUGGGGAUUGGAAGAUAUCGGCUCCCAGCAGUAUUUGACGCGGCGGGUGGUGGUAGUCAAGGGAGACACCUUUGAGAAGGCACACAUGGUCUACAAGUUCUCGGGUCUGUAA